AUGUUUGCUCUAAAAAAUGUCAACUCACUCAUGAUGAUGAGAUUAAAUACUAAGUACUUAUUAAAAAAUAGGUUUUUCUGUUCAGUUUAGCAAGAUCCAAACUAUAUUUUCACUACUGCUUAUUGCCAUUUUAGAUAGGAGAACUAUUCAAAGACUUUAGAAAAAUUAAACCAAAUUUAAGCAGGCAAUUCUACUGAUUUGAAUUACCUUAAACUUCUAGCCAAAGCAUACAUUUAGCAAACAGAGUAUGAGAAAGGUUUAAAAACAUUAGAAAAGAUUAUUUAGAUAUAACCUGGUGAUAUUGAAACAAAUAUUUUGAUAAUGGAAAUUUUGGAACAGCUAGAAGAUGAUGUAGAUGAUUAAAUUGAUAAAAUAUAACAGAGAAUUAUUGAACACAAUUAAGAAGACGAAGGAUAAAUAGUAGCCUUUGCUUUAAUGAGUUUGAUGGAAGAAGAUUAAAUCAAUAUGAUUCCAAAUAUCUUAGCUAACACUUCUUCUUUCUAAAAUGAGGCUAAUAGAUUCUUAGCUUACACAAUAUUAAAGGAUAUUUAUAUUCGUAGCAAUUAGAUUGACGCAGGUAUCAAAAUGUUAGAAGAAGCUAAACAAAAUUGCCCUUCUCAUCUUAAAGAUAUAUACUUUGAAUUAGCUAGAUUCUAUAAUUUAAAAGGUGAUCAAUAAAAAGAAUUAGAAGCCUUAGAAAAUUGCUUAGAAUAAAAUUAAGACUAAUUUGAUGUGCUUGUAGAACUUGGAUAUUUAUAUUUUACAAAAGGAAAUGUAGAAAAAAGCCAAGAAUAUCUUAAAAAAGCAGAGUAAAUUGAAAACUCUCACUGCAAAAAAUUCUUUUACGAAGCUAAAAUGUUAUAAGUUUAAAAUAAAUUAGACGAAGCUUAAAAAUUAUUGGAAAAGUGUCUUGAAUUCGAUGUAGCUAAUCUCUCGCCAUUAGUUUAUAAUUAAAUAGGUGUUAUUUACUUGUAAAAAGGAGAUAUUGCAAAAGCUUAAGAGAUAUUUUUUAAGGCGUUAGAAAUUAACAACGAGGAAGCAUAAAUUUACUUCAAUAUUGCUGUGUCAUACAACCUCUCUAAAAAUAUAGAAUAAGCCAUUAAUUACUAUGAAAAAGGUCUUGUCCUUUAACCAAAAAAUAGCUCCGCUAUUUUAUAAAAAGGUAUUUUAUAAAUCAAACAAAAGUAUUAUAAAGAAGCAAUAGAUACAUUCAUUAAUGCUCUUAAAGAAGCACCAGAAAACACAGAUUUUCUAUAUAAUUUAGCCAAAGUUUAUAAAUUAACUUAUGAUAAAUCAAAAGCCAUGGAACUUUGUAAAAAGGUCCUUUCAAUCAAUCCAAAUCAUAAAGAAGCUACUGAUUUACUAAACUCUUACAAAAAUAAUUGA